AAUAACUCAAUAAACAAAUACAAGACAAUAAUAAAAUGGGACCCCCCCGCCGAAAAGUCCUAGCAACAGCAGAAGAAACCCUAACCCCACCAGACGACCUAUCAGCCAGCCAACAAAUAGCGCGUGUCAUCAAGGCAACAGGCAACAACAUCUACGCCGUGGAACUACCCUCGAAGGAGUCCAUGCUGGUGGAAUUGCCCGCGCGGUUCCGGUCGACUAUCUGGAUCAAGCGGGGGUCCUUUGUGCUGGUUGAUACCAAUGCGAUGCAGGAUCGGGAGAAUAAGCUCCGUGGGGAGAUUGUUAAUGUUGUGAGGGAUGAGAAGAGGUGGCGGAAAGAGAAGUAUUGGCCCAAGGAGUUUGUUAAGCAGCCUGCUGCUGCUUCUUUGGGUGAUGAUGAGGAUGAGGAUGAGGAGGAAUCGAGAGUGGGUAAGAUGCCUUCGUCUCAUGAGUCUGAUGCGUGAAUGGCAUGAAAUGUGGAAUGUUUGACAAAAGUUCAACUGUAUUAUCUGUAUUAUAUGGAGUUUGGAUUGGGUGUUGAAGCUGCUUCUUUGCUUAUAUGAGCCAUUGAUUCUCAUUAUUAAACUGUUAUGAUAGAAAACAAAAGUGAACAGAAAAGAGGACUUGUUUUAUUGGGA